GCAUUCUGGACGAGUUCUUUAUACCCUAAACCGUUCAUUUCACUGCUCUCUCUCUCUCUCUCUCUCUCUCUCCCCACUGGAAAAUGGCACAUUUCUUCAAGAGACUAGCCAAACCUGCCCCGAUCGCAUUCAAUCGCGGUUUUACAAGCCAACCCAAAUCGAGUUUCACCAGUUUCAGAAUCCCCUUUGGAGCAAUUGCUGCGUUUUCUGGUGGAAUCUCGUACUACUACCAUUUCUCCUCACCGAAUUUGGUCCAUUUGGAUGAAAUCAGUGAAGAAACUGGUGCAAAUAGUGCACUCAAUCCAGAUAAGUGGAUUGAAUUUAAGCUGCUAGACAGAGCAAAGGUCAGCCACAAUGCUCACUUAUUCAGGUUUUCAUUUGAUCCCACUGUCAAGUUGGGUCUUGAUGUAGCAUCAUGCCUUAUUACAAGGGCUCCAUUAGGACAAGAUGCUGAAGGGAAAACAAAAUAUGUCAUACGGCCAUAUACUCCUAUAUCAGAUCCUGAUUCUAGGGGAUACUUUGACUUAUUGAUUAAGGUGUAUCCAGAAGGGAAAAUGAGUCAGCAUUUUGCCAGUUUAAAACCGGGCGAUGUAGUAGAAGUGAAAGGACCCAUUGAAAAGCUUAGAUAUACUCCGAAUAUGAAGAAACACAUUGGCAUGAUUGCAGGUGGCACAGGCAUUACUCCAAUGCUUCAAGUAAUUGAGGCUAUACUAAAAACUCCUGAUGACAACACGCAGGUUUCUCUGCUUUAUGCUAAUAUUUCCCCAGACGACAUACUGCUCAAACAGAAGCUUGAUGUGCUUGCAGCAAGCUACCCAAACUUAAAGAUAUUCUACACGGUCGAUAAUCCAUCGAAGAAUUGGAAAGGAGGUUCAGGUUACAUAACGAAGGAUAUGGCUGUGAAAGGCUUACCUGCUCCUAGUGAUGAUACUCUUAUACUCGUAUGUGGCCCCCCUGGAAUGAUGAAUCAUAUAUCCGGCGACAAGGCAAAAGACCACUCACAAGGCGAGGUCUCCGGCAUUCUCAAGGAACUUGGAUACACAGAGCAAAUGGUCUACAAAUUUUGAUUGACGCAAGGAAAUCUGUUUCUAUUACUCUGUUAGUGCAAUUUUAGCAAUAAAUGGAUUUGAAGAUAUACUUACUGAGUAAGAAAACCAAGAGUUAAACGAGCAUAGCAAUAAUUUUGGUGAAAAAUAACAUUUUUGUGAAACCGGAAAGCCCGAGCUUUGAAUGUGAAAUACGAAGAACCACAUUUUCCUUGCCUUUUAA